CUGACCGGCGAAGAAUAAUAAAUGUUUGGCGCGGAAAAGUUGAAAGGUUACUGCAUCGCUUCAUAUUGUUGUUUUAUUGUUUCAUCAUAUAAGUGUUAUCUUAGUUGUAACGUUUUAAUUGUUAUGAUAAUGAUAAAUAUUGGACGCCGGCGCUCUUACAUCUACAAUCAUAAACAAGAAAACCGUUUGUAAAAUACCCAUGAGUAGGCAAUCUUCUUAAAAUAAAACAUUACUUUGCUGCGUGCUGAAAGAUCCAUCAGUGAGUUGGCUAAGGCAGACAUCAGCACUUUGUUACGCCUUUUUAACUAUUCAAUAAGUGGCGCGGCGACAUCGACCAUAAUAUCUCACCUGCCUGGUAAUUCAAAUGAGAACAAAUCUUUUAAUUGUGCAACAAAUUCAACAAUAUUCGAUAGAUUUUGUAAUCACUCGGUUAGUGGAUUUCCUGCUCUAGAUGUAGAAUUAACGCGAUGGCAGAGCUCCCAAACGAGCAAAAAGCGAACCCGCUUAUUGCAUUUAUAGCGGGCGGCUUUGGCGGCGCUUGUGCUGUUCUCUCAUGCUAUCCUAUGGACACUAUAAAGGUACGCCUGCAAACUAAUAGAUGCUCUGUAAAUAGCCAGAGAACCAUAUAUAGAGGAUUUUUCGACUGCGCAACAAAAAUUAUAAGAAACGAGGGAGCGCGUGGGUUCUAUAAGGGCAUGUCAGUACCCUUGUUGGCCACAGUACCUAUAUUUGCCCUAGACUUUGCGACCUAUGCAAUAGGCAAGCGUUUCUUCCAGACUGAUAAUCAUACUAAACUGACCUACCCGCAAAUAUUUUUGGCUGGCUCCUUCACGGUACUGUUUACUACAGUUAUCGUAGCGCCGGCGGAGCGCGUAAAGGUACUCCUACAAACCCAAGAGGGCUCUAAAUACAAUGGAAUACUAGACUGCGUGAAGAAGCUCUAUAAGGAAGGCAGCUUACGCAGCAUUUUUAGAGGAACUUGUGGCGUAAUGCUCAGAGAUUCACCCACUGGGUUUUAUUUUCUUGUAUAUGAAUAUUUACAAGACUUGGCUAGAGAACGCUCGGCAACCGGUCAAAAGAGCUGCGCCUCCACAAUUUUAGCAGGCGGUACCGCUGGUAUUGUGUUCUGGUCGCUGGCCAUGCCCUUUGACGUGCUGAAAGAUCGUCUUCAAUCUGCUCCAACAGGAACAUACAAGAAUGGCGUUCGCAGCGUAUAUAAAGACAUAAUGGCUAAGGAGGGUCCUCGAGCUUUUUAUAGUGGUGCUGCACCCAUCCUUUUACGAGCAUUUCCAGCAAAUGCUGCAAUUUUCUUUGGCAUGGAGGUAGCGACUACUUUCCUAACACUUGUAGUGAGAAAAGUGUCCGAAAUAGAGAAACUUGCGGCUUAACUACCUCUUGAUGACCAACCUGGUACUUUCUAGAAUAAAUUUGUAAAGGUCCAUUAGCUUUUUUGAUCAAUCAACACCCCAUAAAAUUGAUUUCUGAAAGUAGAUUAAGCCAUAGGAACCAACUACCGAUUGGGUAGUUAAGUAAAAUAUAAACUACUGU